AUGGCUUCGAAAUUGAUCUCUAAGCUUAUACCAGCACUUUCUAUCCCAUCAAAAGAGAGUAGAAGAUCAUCAGAGGCUUCUAUAGUUGAUGAUCAGGAACUAACAGGGAAGGACAAGGAUGUCUUCAUCACAUACCGUGAUGAGGAGUCUCUCAGUUCUUCAUCUACUGAUGAUCAUGUUUUCAAGGAUCCUCAAAUUGCCGAUCAUUAUAAAGACCUUUACGAAUCUACCGACUACGAAUGUCGUCAUUUGUUUGAUCCCGAAUUAACAUGGACAGAAGAAGAAGAGAAGAAAGUUGUGAGGAAAAACGACUGGUACGUUACUUUUUGGGCUUUCAUUAUGUUCAUUGCUUUGGAUUUUGAUAGAUACAACAUUUCUCAGGCGUUAUCCGCUAACAUGCUGGAUCAUUUACAUUUAACCACGGAGGAUUAUAACUUAGGGAAUACUAUUAACUUAGUUUGCUUUUUAGCUUCUGAAUUGCCAUCUCAGUUGAUAUCAAAAAAGCUUGGGGCUGAUAUCUGGAUUCCUACCCAAUUAUGUUUGUGGAGUGCGGUUUCAAUGUGUCAGGCUGCAAUGACUACUCGAGCUGGUUUCUUGGCUACGAGAGGAUUAUUGGGCGCGUUGCAAGGUGGCUUCAUCUGUGAUGUCUGUUUAUGGAUGAGUUAUUUCUUUACGUCUAAAGAGCUUCCUUUCAGGCUUUCGCUUUUUUAUAUUGCCAAUCCAAUGACUUCCGUUUGGUCAUCACUUUUAUCCUUUGCACUAUUGAAAAUAAAAACUGGUGGGUUGAUGGAUCAAUCUUUUAGGUGGUUAUUCUUGAUUGAAGGAAUUUUUACUUUCGCCGUUGGCGUGAUUUCCUUCUUCAAGAUGCCAGCAUCUGCUGCCCAAACCAAAUCUUGGUUUAGAAAGGAAGGUUGGUACACUGAUAGGGAAGAGAAAAUUGUUGUUAAUAGAGUUUUAAGGGAUGAUCCGAACAAAGGCGACAUGAAUAAUAGGCAGCCUGUCUCAUUGAAAGAGCUGUGGAUGAGUCUCACAGAUUAUGAUUUAUUGCCAAUCUAUAUCGUGAGGUUGUUCACUGAUAUCGGAGCUACUCCACUGAAGAACUAUAUGACUUUGACGCUUAGAAAACUGGGAUUUUCCACUUACAAGACCAAUGCCCUCACAAUACCUUACGAUGUCUUCAGUACGAUAUCGAUGGUAGCAAUGGGAUAUUUUUCUGAGAAAAUCAAUGAUCGUGCAUUUUUAUGCAUGAGCUCAUCAAUUUGGAUUCUUGCUUGCUUAAUUCCUUUAAGAUAUUGGCCAGGCUCCCAAGUUGAUGUUUGGGGAACUUACGCGAUUCUGACGGCACUCCUUUCCCAACCUUCUAUAUGGGCUUUAAGCAUCAGUUGGUGCUCGGCAAAUUCAAACUCUGUUCGUUCGCGUGCUGUGUCAGCAGCUUUGGUUAACAUGUUCUCACAGACAGCAAAUAUCAUUGCCGCCAAUAUAUACCGCGACGACGACAAGCCGCUAUAUCAUCGCGGUAACACUCAGUUGAUAGGCAUAGCUUUUGGCGCUGUAGGUGCAUGUCUAGUUGCCAAGCUUUAUUAUAAAUACAGAAACAAACAGAGAGACGCUGUUUGGAACAAAAUGACACUAGAGGAGCAAGAAAAGUACAGAUUGAGCACAAUUGAUAUCGGCAAUAAAAGACUAGAUUUCAGGUUCACUCACUAG